UCCAAUUUCAUGCUACUAUUUUGGAACUAAAAGUUUUUAAAAACAAACAGCAUAAUUAUUGUAUUUAAAAGUACUCAUUCUUGCCAAACUUUGGAAUGAAAUUGAGAAAGAACACCGUUAUAUUGUUUGUGCUUAAAAUACACAACUGUAAUUGGAAUGAACGCAAUGCUUUUCUUGUAAUUGAAUUACAAACAUUCUAAAUCAAAUUAUAAUUUUCUUUCUCCCUCUUUCGUUCGUUUUCUCUUCGUUCUCUGUCUCGCGUUCCUUCAAAACAAGUAGUUAAUGGGCUUCGAAUGCUUCCGUUGUUCAAAUUACAUGAGCGAAAAUAAAAUCGAUCUAUAUAAGUCUUAAAAGGCGGUUUUUAAAGCAUCAUUUUUUCCUUUUUUUUCCCUCCUUGAACAUGACGUCAUCAUGGCGGCCAACAUACUAGGCAAAGAUGAAAAUGAUACACAAAUACAUGAGACACGUGGCGAUGCUGUGUCGCUCACUAAAUGUAUACAAGUUAUGAAUUCUUAUGGCCGUGAAAUUAUUUUUGUAAUAGCCCUCAUUUUUACAGGAAUAGCUGCUCUGAGAAAUGGUCCAUUGAAAACUAAAAAAGUCACUCCUCCAGAACUUUUCUUCCUUCCACCUUCAUUAGUAACAGAUUUUUACCAAGGAAAUGUAAAAAAUCUUCUUUCAUUACUGUCCGAGAAAGACGUUUCUCUUGUAGUAUAUUAUGCACCUUGGGAUGCAUCAUGUCUUCAGUUCAGACCAGAAAUUGAAACUGUUGCUAAAUUUUAUCAUAAUGAGAUAUUUUUUGCUGCUGUAAAUUGUUGGUGGCCAGAAGGAGAAUGCAGUAAAAAAUUCAACAUUGUAUCUUAUCCUGUUGUUUUAGUCCAUAUUCAUGAUGUCGGGAUUGUAAGAUAUGAAGGGCCAUUAAUAUCUACUUACAUCAUAUCUUUCUUAGAUUAUGUUCUCACUCCAUUGGUUCCUUUACAUCAUACUGGAGAAUUGUUGGACCUCCUUACAAAACAUGAGGCUGUUUUAGUUGCAUUUUUUGAAUUUGGUGAAGGGUCAUAUCCUUUCGAUUAUACAAUGUUUUAUACAGCUUCUUUAAAGGCUUUAACUACAGAUCCUAACAGAAGGAUAUGUUUUGCUGUGAUAACAAACAAAAAAGAUGCAAUAAAUUUUAAACUAAAAUCAAAUUUUCAGUUAUUUCUUUGGAAUUCUACAGAAAUUUAUUCUGAAAAUGUUACUACACAUUUGGAAAUAUUGAAAUGGGCUUAUGGAAAGCUGAAACAUGUAUCAGAAUGGAUUACUCCUCCUGGUGUGAAAAGUAAAAUUCUAGCCGAGACAAUAGAAAAUAAACCCACUAUAAUAUUGUUCACUCCAAGAAAUAUAUUAUUAGAGUAUUCGCCUUAUUAUAGCCUGUUUAAAGAAGUAGCUUUGGACUACAAUAAUUGUAAAGAUCAUCAGCUGAUCAAAUCUCUCAUCCAUCGCCUGGUGCUAAGACGGCAUGUAUUGCAAGAAGAGCUUACAAAAAUCAUUGAAAAAUGUCACAGGAAUGAUUCAGAGCAUAGUUCUGAUAUAUGCCGUCGACGUCCCGACCUCUGUGAUUUAACUUGCUGCCGGACCACUAAUUUCAAACUUAAGUUAACUCAGACUUGUCUUUGUAGAAUGUGUCUUCAUCAUUUUAUAGAAAACUUAGAACAAAUGAAGCUUUCCGAAUGUGAAAACACUUUAGAACUCAUAUUGAAAAGUUUCAAUGUCAAAGAGCUUACGAACUUUAGGAACUGUAGUGAUGUAGAAGUGUCAUUCCCUGUCAAGUUUGGCUCGUACAGGCAAUUGAGCAUUCACUGUGGCACUGAACUUCCUUCCAAGGCAAUCAACAAAGGACUUUCCGAGAAAGAAAUUUCAGAAUUGAAAGAUGACAUGAUCUUAGCAAUGAUACAAAACAAUGAGAAAAGGUUGUGCCAUCGCCUUAGAUAUGCUCUAAAUUACUCCGAACUGAAUUUUCCCAGUUUUCCAACUUCAGAUAAUAAUACCUGGCAGAAUAACUUCUCUGGAUUGGGGUGCCAAACUAACCGAACUCUGACAUUUAUUGCAAUGGAUGUUAUUUUGUAUCAUAGUUUUGCGGAGAACUUGGGGAUAGAUGUUUCUAAUAACCAUCAUCAAACUACUGCUGUUAUCAUUGAAACGACGCAGGAAAAGCAGUAUGUUUUAGAGGGCCUAAUAAACAAAAAAUCACUAGUGGAAUUCAUAAAAAAUUACACGGCUGGAAGUCUUGGUCGUCAUUUCCGAACUCCCAUACGAAAAUUGGAUGGUUGUAAAAGUAACGAAAAUGCAGAUAUUUGUGUUGAAGAAAUCUCCGGUGCCACAUUUUCUGAAAUUGUCUUAGAUGAAACUAAAGAUGUUGUCUUGAUGUAUUAUGCUCCUUGGUGUGGACCAUGUAGCUCAAUUGCUCAUGUAUUUCUAAGUGUUGCAGAUUAUUUUUCCAAUAUUAGUGACAUAAAGUUUGCAAGAAUUAAUGGUGAUGAAAAUGAUUUACCUUGGGAGUAUACAGUUGAAAAGUAUCCAGCUAUUAUUUUCUUCCCUGCAAAAAGGAAAAGUGAAAGCAUUGAGUUUCCCUCCAACUUGAUGAUAACUGUGACAAGUUUAAUGCAUUUUGUUUUGGUCCAUGCCCAAAGUAAGGUACGCUGGCUGGCUGCAAUGGAAAUGUGCAACAGAGAAUGCGUAGCACAUAAUCUCAUCAUGUCUUCCAAAGAAAUGAGAAGAUUAUAUCGCGAAUAUCGUGUCUUGUUAAAUAACUUCCAUUUUGCAGAGCAAAUUGUUUAUGGACCUAAGAAAUUCAGAACUUCUCUUUCGAAAAAUAGAACUGUUAAAGAGCCAAGCUUAAAUUAUUUAAAAAAUGUAUACUUGAAAGAUGUUAUUGAAAGAAUCCAUGAAAAAAGGACGCAAAUUAAUAAAGCUUUACAACUGCUUGUAAUUUUGAGAAAAAAGAGAGAUGCUUACCUCCUGAAUGAAUCGGUCGACAAGAAAAAUGGAAUUCGAGGAAAAAAAAUUAAGCAUGUGGAGGUCAGGUCAAGAAAGGUGAAGGAUGAACUAUGAUAAAACAACUAUUUAAUAAAUACUAGGUUCUUUGAAUUAAUCGAGUCUGAUAAUGAAACCUUGCAUACAUUUUAAAAUGAAUUUUAAAGCUUUACCACUGACUAAGCUUACGUUCGACGAGCACGACCGGUAGCGCCCGGUUAGUUAAUCACGUGACAGCUAAUGAUCACGUGCUCCAAUCAACCAAUCAACAGCUUAGAAUGGUAACCGGAGCGGUAACCGGUUGAUGAUAGAACGCUGCGGUUAGUAACCGGUUACUUACCAGUCGACCGGUGAGGUUCGUCGAACGCAAGGUAAAGUACUUUGCUAUUAAAUUGAUUUAUGCCAACGUUUAAUUCUUACCUCAUGAACCUAAACAAUAACAAUUAAAAUGCACUUAAACUGCAAAUUUGACGAUUCUUUUAAUGACUGGAAUGCUCCGCACCCUGCCACUCACCAACCCCCAAAGAUUGCUUCCCAACCUUAUUUGGUUCACUGAGGUUUAAAUUACCUGUUAAAAAGAAUCAGGUUUAAAUACACAUUAUGAUUAAAACAAAAUAAAAAUCCUUUUCCUGCAGAAAAUAGAAUUUUUGUUAAAAGCUCAUUAAAUUAAGAAAAAAAAUUAGAAUCUCACUCCAACCUGAAGACAAAAAGAACUUGGUAAAAAUAUAGAACUUGGUGUAACAAAAUUAUUAAAAAAAGAAAACACUUCAAAGAGUGACCUCCCCUAGGAUCCAAACUAACUUAUACCCAA